AUGGAUCCCAUACAAGGGAAAGGGGACGAGGAACUGAGUCGGGCCUCCGACGAGGUUCCCCCGAUUCCCAACCAGGAAGCCAAAUCUACUAAGCGCGCACGAUGGGCGACAAAACGCAUGACCGCCGCCAGCGGUCUUCGGAAGAGAGUCUCCAUUCUGGAACGUGGCAAUCGACGUAAUACGCGGAACAACACGACUGAUGCAGCAACCGCAGGGCCAGAGAGCAAUGAAACAGAAACAGCUUCAUCGCGGAAAGUCUACUUCAACCUCCCCAUCCCGGACAGUGAGCGGGAUGAGGAAGGCAAUCUGAAGACCGUCUAUCCCCGCAACAAAAUUCGCACCUCCAUCUACACGCCAUUGACGUUUAUUCCGAAGAACCUGUGGUUGCAGUUCCACAACAUUGCCAAUCUUUACUUCUUAUUCGUCAUUAUUCUGCAGUGCUUUUCCAUCUUUGGAGAUGCUGACCCGGGCCUGAGUGCCGUCCCCCUGAUCAUCAUCGUGGUGGUCACUUCAAUCAAGGACGCAAUCGAGGAUUGGAGGCGAACAGUGUCCGAUAACGAGCUCAACAACUCCCCGGUUUAUCGUCUGACCGAUUGGCACAAUGUCAACGCCACCCUCGACAACGUGUCCGCGUGGCGCAAGUUCAAAAAGGCCUGUACUCGGGCCACCAUUUACACUUACCGUGGCAUGAAAAAGCUCGUGCGCCGCAAGUCCGCGGACAAAGACGUGGCGGGAGAUGUUGAGAUGGCGGAUGCCCGGCCAUCCGUGGAACCCACCUCUCCGAUCGAGUUGAGGGCCGUGUCCCUCGAUGCCCGUGCUUCCGGGGAUUGGCCGGAUCCUGCAGAUCAACACGGUAGAAAUGCGGCCUCGGGCCGCGUCAAAGGCGACAUCCUCAAUCCGACCAAAACUGCUUCCGGGCAGGCUCGCUUCAAACGUCAGCAUUGGAAAGAUGUCAACGUCGGUGACUUUGUGCGGCUAUACAACGGUGACCAGAUCCCAGCGGACAUGGUCAUUCUCUCAACCUCUGAUCCGGACGGUGCCUGCUAUGUGGAAACCAAAAACCUGGACGGGGAGACCAAUUUGAAGGUUCGCCAUGCCCUUAAUUGUGGUCGCGCGGUACGGAAUGCUCGCGACUGUGAAAGAGCGGAAUUCAUUAUAGAGAGCCCUCCCCCGCAUGCGAACCUGUAUUCGUUCAGUGGUGCCAUUUACUGGAACCAACAGGACGAUCCUGAGGCGCCCCCCCAGGAACGCGUGGAGCCCAUUACCAUCAACAAUAUCCUCCUCCGUGGUUGCAGCCUUCAGAACACGGAAUGGGCGUUGGGUGUGGCCUUGUUCACCGGUUCAGAAUCCAAGAUCAUGCUGAAUCAGGGCAUCACCCCGACUAAGCGACCACAAAUGGCACGUAAUAUGAACUGGAACGUUCUUUACAAUUUUGCUAUCCUCUUCAUCAUGUGCUUGAUUUCCGGUUUUAUCAACGGCUUUGCUUGGGGACUGGAUGAUGCAUCCUUGGCUUUCUUCGAAUACGGCUCCUAUGGCGGAUCCGCCGCCGUGGAAGGUGUUGUUGCCUUCUGGGUGGGUGUGGUUCUCUUUCAGAACUUGGUUCCCAUCGCCCUGUACAUCUCAUUGGAAAUUGUGCGCUGGAUCCAAGCGCUCUUUAUAUUCUUCGACCAGCACAUGUACUACGAGCGGCUGCAGAUGUCUUGCGUUCCAAAAGCUUGGAACAUCUCCGAUGACAUCGGGCAGAUCGAAUAUAUCUUCUCGGAUAAGACAGGUACUCUGACACAGAACGUUAUGGAAUUCAAGAAAUGUACGGUCAACGGGGUCGCAUAUGGCGAGGCCUAUACCGAGGCUCAGUUGGGAAUGCAGAGACGACAGGGUUUGUUGAACGUGGAGGAGGAAGCUGCCAAGGCUCGUCAACGUAUCAGCGACGGUCGCGUGGAGAUGCUGCAGCGACUGCGUCAACUGCACGAUAACCCAUACCUUAAGGACGAAAACCUGACCUUUGUCUCGCCUCAGUACGCAGCGGAUCUAGGUGGUGCGUCCGGCGAUGUCCAGAAGCAGGCUGUCGAGAGUUUCAUGGCCGCGCUGGCGUUGUGCCACACAGUGGUUACGGAACGGAUCCCAGGCGACCCUCCGCAAAUCGAGUUCAAAGCCCAGUCUCCUGAUGAGGCUGCCUUGGUGGCUACUGCUCGAGAUUGUGGGUUUACAGCGAUGGGUCGCUCGGGAGAUAGCCUCCUUGUCAACAUCAUGGGCGAAGAACGCAGUUAUCGGAUUCUGAACAUCCUGGAGUUCAACUCGACGCGUAAGAGAAUGAGUGUCAUCGUUCAAAUGCCGGACGGAACCAUCCGUUUGCUGUGCAAGGGUGCUGAUACAGUCAUCUACUCUCGCUUGGCUCCUGGUCAACAACGGGAGUUGAGGGAUAUCACCUCCCAGCACCUUGAGACCUUUGCUCAAGAAGGUCUUCGUGUGCUUUGUGUGGCAGAACGUAUUCUUGACGAGGAAUUCUACCGCGAAUGGAGUCUUAAGCAUGACGUGGCUGCAGCGGCCAUCGUGGACCGCGAAGAGAAACUGGAUGAGGUCGCUGGUAUCAUUGAACAGGAUCUGAUGCUCCUAGGUGGCACAGCCAUUGAAGAUCGGCUGCAAGAUGGUGUUCCCGAUACCAUCUCUUUGUUGGCUGACGCCGGUAUCAAGCUCUGGGUCUUGACAGGUGAUAAGAUCGAAACCGCCAUUAACAUCGGCUACUCCUGCAAUCUUUUGAACAACGACAUGGAUAUUAUGGUAUUGAGUGCACCGGAUUCUGAUAUGGCUGCGAAGGAGCUGGACAGCAAGCUCGAACAGUUUGGAAUCACUGGCUCCGACGAGGAAUUAGCCGCGGCACGCCAGGACCACUCGCCACCGCCAUCGACCCACGCCCUUGUCCUCGAUGGGGACUGUCUUCGAUUGAUGUUAGACGAUGCCUUGAGGCAGAAAUUCUUGUUGCUUUGCCGGCGCUGCAAGUCCGUCCUUUGUUGCCGUGUCAGUCCCGCCCAAAAGGCGGCCGUUGUUGAUAUGGUCAAGACUGGUUUGAACAUCAUGGCUUUGUCGAUUGGAGAUGGCGCCAAUGAUGUCGCCAUGAUCCAAAAAGCGGAUGUUGGUGUAGGUAUUGCAGGAGAGGAAGGUCGCCAGGCAGUCAUGUGUGCCGAUUACGCCAUCGGUCAAUUCCGGUUCCUGCAGCGUCUCAUUCUCGUGCAUGGACGGUGGUCGUAUCGACGGCUGGGUGAGACCACGGCCAAUUUCUUCUACAAGAACUUGGUCUGGACGUUCGCGCUGUUCUGGUAUUCGAUUUAUGACAACUUCGACGGCUCCUACCUCUUCGAAUACACGUAUAUCACCCUGGUGAACGUUGCGUUCACUUCUCUACCAGUCAUCUUCAUGGGAAUCUUCGAUCAGGAUGUCGAUGAUAGGGUGUCUCUGGCCGUACCGCAGCUCUACAUGCGGGGUAUUGAGCGUAAGGAGUGGACGCAGUUGAAGUUUUGGAUCUACAUGCUCGACGGCUUCUACCAAUCCAUCAUCUGUUUCUUCAUGCCAUACAGGCUGUACUCGGUGGCCAAUUUCCAAACAGAAAACGGACUCAGCAUCGAUGACCGGUACCGCGUGGGUGUGUUAGUCGCUACCUGUGCUGUGGUUGCUAGCAACACUUACGUGAUGAUGAACAUGUACCGUUGGGAUUGGCUGACCAGUUUGAUCAACGCGAUCAGUUCACUGUUGAUCUUCUUCUGGACUGGUGUCUACUCAUCUUUCGAGUCCUCCAUGACCUUCUAUGGCGCUGCCCGUCAGGUCUAUGGUGCGCUAUCAUUCUGGGUGGUCCUUCUUCUGACCGUAGUGAUGUGUCUCAUCCCACGAUUCGUCAUCAAGUGCAUUCAGAAGGUCUACUUCCCGCUGGAUGUCGACAUCGUCCGAGAACAAGUGAUCCUGGGCCAAUUCGACUACUUAAAGAAGUACGAAGCAUAUGUGCCUCCCGGUGUCACCAAACUGGCAGCUUCAUCGGACAGCGAAGCCUCGACCAUUCCCUCGGACGGGGGCCAUACCCCGCAGCCUCACGUUAGCCGCGACUAUCCCAUGCCUCAUGGAGUCGACCGCACGGCGGACUCGACGCCUGUUGCCCCGUUAGUCGAUGCCCAAGGCGCGCCAACCAACCUGGGCAGUCAAGUGACCAGCGCCAACGCGAGUAGCGUGGCCUUUGGACUCCAGCGUCGUGAGUCUUCCGAGAGCACCAGCCGAGACCAAUCGGCAUUUUCAAGCCAACUUCUAGCCGUCGAUUCCACCAGCAUGGAACCCCAAAUGCCUCACAGUCCACUCAAAAGCCGCAGCGAUCCCUCGACAUACCCUGUAUAG